UGCGAGAGCUCUAAACCACCAUCACUCAAUGGCGUCAAAGCUUGAAGUAGAGUUUGAGAUGAAAUCCAGCCCAGAAAAGGUGUGGGAGAGCAUAAGAGAAUCCACCACUCUCUUCCCCAAAGCUUUGCCCAAGGAGUACGAGAGCAUUGAGAUCCUCGAAGGCGAUGGAAAAUCCGUCGCUUCCGUCCGUCUCAUUAAGUACCCUCCAGGAUUGUCAGCAAUUUCAAGCACAAAAGAGAAGAUUGAAGUGGUGGAUGAAGGUAAGAAAAUGCUGAGCUACAGUGUGAUAGGUGGAGAUAUAUUGAAAUACUACAAGAACUUCAAGGCCCAUCUGAGUGUGAGCCCCAAGGAUGAAGGAAGUUGGGUGAAAUGGUCAUGUGAGUUUGAAAAGGCAAGUGAAGAAGUCCCCAAUCCAGACCUCGUCCGGGAUUUUGCCAUCAAGAAUUUCCAGGAUUUGGAUGCUUACAUUCUUGGACUUGGAGCUGUCUGAAUGCGAACAUGUACUUGUGGUUAAUUGCUUUUUAUCUACUUACCUCAAUAAACGAAAAUCCUUAAUCUCUGAGAGAUCAAGGAAUCUUAACUAGCUAAUAAUUGUAUUUGAGGAGAGAUGGCCUGUGUUAAUGGCUCAAAAUUUGAAGUUAGUACAAUAUGUUUUUGCAAGUAUAUGAAUAAUUUGACUGUAAAAACUCCUGAAUUGAAGGUUUUCUCAAGAACCAA